AUAAAAUAAUAAUAAAGACAAAAGACUAAAAAAGAAAAAUAUUCUCUUGAGAUGGCUUCUGCGCAAGGAUCAGCGACUUCAUCCGAUUCAGACCCGCGAUAUGUGAACAUCGAUGAGAGGAAAAGGAAGAGAAUGCUUUCAAACCGGGAAUCAGCACGGCGAUCACGGAUGAGGAAGCAAAAGCAGCUCGAAGAUUUGGUUGAGGAAGUAAGCGCAUUGCAGAAAGGGAACAAGCAGAUCUCUGAAAAGAUCGGCGUCACCACUCAACGCUACGUCGAGAUGCAAUCGUCCAACAACGUUUUAAGAGCUCAGGCGAUGGAAUUGACCGAGAGAUUGCGGUCCCUGAAUUCGGUGCUGCACAUAGUGGAAGAAGUAGGGGGUUACGACAUUGAUAUCCCGGAAAUUCCUGAUCCUCUGUUGAAGCCGUGGCAACUCCCCUGUCCGAUACAGCCAGUUAUGGCUUCGGUUGAUAUGUUCGAGUGUUGAUGGAUAGACUCUUCUUCCUUGUUGGAGUCUGUACUUGUUUAUUGUUCCUUAAUGUUAUCUUUUCCUUCUCUCUUCCUCUGUUUCUGUUACUAUUAUUAGGUUUAUGUCAAUUUGCAGUGUACUGAACCGAGAGUUUGGGUUUUGUAGAAAAGCUUUUGUACUAUGUGGAAACAUGA